CGUCGCGUACGUAGUAGUCGAGUCGUUGAGGGCGUUCGGUAUUUGCUCUCGACCGGCGAACGAAACGUCUGGCUUGAAAAAAAUUGAUUUCUUUUCGGAAAAUUGCCAUACCAGCGAGGCUGACAACUAAAAAUGACAGACGCCACUGCACUUAAGCUGAACCUAAAUGAACCAAAGUGGGACCAGUCCACGUACCUUGGACGAGCCAAACAUUUCUUUACUGUCACAAAUCCUCUGAAUGUAUUUCUGACAAAUCUUGAACUUGACGAGGCAAAGAACACCGUUGAAGCUUACAAACGCGGUCAAUUGCCGAAUGCUACGGAAGCCCAACUAUGGCAAGCUAAGUAUCGCUAUGACUCAGCGUUUCAUCCAGACACGAAGGAGAAGAUGAUGUUAAUAGGCAGGAUGUCAGCACAGGUUCCUAUGAAUAUGACCAUUACUGGAUGCAUGCUGACAUUCUACAGAACCACACCAGCAGUCUUAUUUUGGCAGUGGUUCAAUCAAUCCUUCAAUGCAGUCGUUAAUUACACCAACAGAAGUGGUGACUCACCGAUAUCAAACAGCCAACUUGGUCUAUCAUACACACUAGCAACCACUGGUGCAGUCACAACAGCUGUAGGUUUAAACAGUGUAGUUAAGAAAGCUCCAGCGAUUGUUGGUCGGUUUGUUCCUUUCGUUGCCGUCGCAGCAGCCAACUGCAUCAACAUCCCAAUGAUGAGGAAACAGGAAUUACAGAACGGCAUCCCAGUAUUUGACAAAGACGGUAACAGGAUUGGAGAUUCCAAGAUUGCAGCGCGUAAAGCAAUUACACAAGUUGUCUUCUCCAGGAUAUGCAUGGCUUUACCUGGCAUGAGUUUACCACCAAUUAUCAUCCAUAAAAUGGAGCAAGGUUCUUUCUUGAAGCGAUACCCAGUCAUGAAUGCACCCAUACAAGUCCUUCUAGUUGGUCUGACACUGGUUUUUGCAACACCCAUGUGCUGUGCUCUCUUCCCUCAGAAAAGCUCCAUUGGAUCCAGCCGGUUAGAACCAGAACUCCAAGCAACCAUCAAAGAAAGGGGCGGAGGUAUUGAUAGGGUCUACUUCAAUAAGGGUUUGUGAUGUCGGACAUAGAAGUAACACCAUUUGUAUUAUUCCUAUGAGGGCCAUGGAGUACAUGUACUCUUCUUUCAAGGUACUGUAUUGUUUAUUUGUGAAUGCAUUUUCACCUCUUCCUUUAACUUUUUUAAAAGAAAAAUAUAUGUAAAAUUGUACGACUUGCUGAAUCUGUUUCUGAAUCGCGUAUUUAGUGGCUGCGGCUUUGUUUAGGACACAGAUGCUUUGCAUUGCAUAGCCGUUAAUACAAAUGCCUGUGUGAGACUUUCAUACAUUUUAUAUCCUGAGUAAAGUUCAUAGGUUAAAGUAAACAUGAAAUGUGCUAAACGGUUUCUUUGCUGUGACUUCAUUGUGUGUGCAACCAUUUCCGUCCCAGUGUGCCCAAAUUUAUUUAUCUUUUGCAAAUGUUUUUGUGAGAGGAAUGCACUCAAGUAUUGACACAGAAGUGCUUCACAUAUCAGUCAUCUUCACAUUCUUAUUUUUCGGUGCAUUAAUAGUACGAUGCCUUCACUUGUGUGUUGAGAAAUAUGCACUCGGCAUAAUACAAACAUUAGGAUUCUCUGCACUAGCUUUUCCCUUUGACUUUGAAAUCCAUUAGCACUUUGUACUAUAUUGCCGUGCAUUUUGUUUACUCACUAAAGGAUCAAUAAAACCAUAGAGUGCUGGAGUGGUUUCGGGCAGUACAGCAAUAGGCAGGGCUAACAGUUGAGUCCGAUAUUCAUUUAGUAGCAACUCUAAAGAUCAGCCCUUGUAUAAUGAGUUUCUCUUUGUGGUAAAAUAACUCUGUGUUCAUAUGUUGUAUUGCAGUGGUUUACAGACUGGUUAAGAUUGAGUUAACCAUGCAAAUGAAGGUUCAGACUACUUGUGUAAACGAUAUACUUGAGUAAUCAUAGAUUUGUGAUUAAGGUGUUCAACUCCAUACGGAUUUGCUUUAAAUGCAGCAUGUCAAAACCUGGAAUUUUCCUGAUGUUUUGGGGCAGAAUACAGUUCAUUCGUAAUCAGGUCAGAUUCUCUAACAAAUCCAGCAAAAAAGGAGUAACAUUUCCCUGGCUCUGUUCAGUUGAAAACAGUGUUUUCUAAUCAAUCUAAUCAAGCAGUAUUUCCAGUGGAAUUUUGAAUUCUGAGUUGCUGCCGUACUCAUGUCUUCUUCAAUGUCUUCAAUAUUGUGUUACGUCAAACUAUCAGUUGAUGUUCAGAAUAUUUAGAGACUUGGUGUUUUACAUAGUGUUUGUGAUAUUGAAGGUAACUUUGUGGAUAAGUUUUUCAAAAUCUUUGAGGAAGUUUGUUUUUAUUUUUAGUAUUUUGUGACUAUUUUGAAUUCAAUUUAUGCAAAACAAAAAAAAGACGACAGGAUUUUAAUUUUGAAUUUUUGCAAGCAGUAUUACAUUUGUACACCCCACAAAUGGUUAUACAAUUUGAAAAAAAAACUCACGAGGUGGUAAUUUUAUAUUUAUUCAUGUGUAUACCUGUUGUGUAUACCUGUUGUGUAUACCUAUAUGUGACAUAAGCUGGUAGUGUACAGCCAUGUGAGAGAACGCACAAAAGAAAAUAGUAAUUGAUGAAUGAAACUUUGCAGAGUUGCUGUAACCUGUUAUAUGAAAAAAUUAAAAUUUGUAAGUAUA